AUGGCCUCGGGUGGAGGUGUCAGUGUUUGUGAUGAUGAUGGCGCUGGAGUGGCCGAUGGUGGAGGUGAUGGAGUUGACGGUGGAGUGGUCGAUGGUGGAGGUGUCGAUGGUGGCGCCGAACUUGAUCCAAUCGGUGCUGGUGUAGAAGGUUCAGGAGUUGUAGGCUCGGGAGUAGUUGGCUCAGGAGUAGUCGGCUCAGGAGUAGUCGGUGGAGGUGUCGAUGGCGGUGUCGUCGUAGGAGGUGGAGCUGACGAUGAUGCUGAGGGUGGUGGUGCACUCGAUGAAGCCUGA